CUUGCCAGAAUGACCCAGGUCUUCGUCUAUGGGACUCUCAAGAGAGGACAGCCCAACCACCAGGUCAUGCUGGACCGUGCCAAUGGCACUGCGACCUUCCAGGGCCGGGGCCACACGGUGGAGCCCUACCCUCUGGUGAUUGCCGGCGAGCACAACAUCCCGCGUCUGCUGAACCUCCCAGGGAGGGGACACUGUGUGGCCGGAGAGAUCUAUGCCGUCGAUGAGCAGAUGCUGCGGUUCCUCGAUGAGUUUGAAUGCUGCCCUGACAUGUACCAGCGCACACAGGUGAAGGUUGAGGUCCUCGAGUGGGAAGGUGACAGCAGCAGCCUUGAGGAGAUGCCAGGUGCUCGCCGGACCCUGCAGUGCUUCGUGUACAGCACAGACACCUACGCGCCGGAGUGGGUCCACCUCCCAUACCUCGACAGUUACGACUCUCAGGGGAACCACGGGCUUCGCUACAACCCACGCGAGAACAGGUGA